GGGAGCAAGAUGGCGCUGCGGCCAGGCACGGGAGCUGGCGGCGGCGGGGCGGCGGGAGCUGGCGCAGGAGCCGCCGGGGGAGGCAGCUUCAUGUUUCCUGUUGCAAGUGGAAUAAGACCCCCUCAAGCAGGCCUGAUGCCAGUGCAGCAACAAGGAUUUCCCAUGGUGUCUGUCAUGCAGCCUAACAUGCAAGGCAUGAUGGGAAUGAAUUACAGCUCGCAAAUGUCCCAAGGAUCUCUUGCUAUGCAGGCAGGAAUACCAAUGGGACCACUGCCAGCAGCGGGAAUGCCUUACCUGGGCCAAGCACCGUUCCUGGGCAUGCGUCCUGCAGGUCCACAGUACACUCCAGACAUGCAGAAGCAGUUUGCUGAAGAGCAGCAAAAACGAUUUGAACAGCAGCAGAAACUCUUAGAAGAAGAACGAAAAAGGCGCCAGUUUGAAGAACAGAAGCAAAAGCUCAGACUCCUGAGUAGCGUGAAACCCAAGACAGGAGAGAAGAGUAGAGAUGAUGCUUUGGAAGCCAUAAAAGGGAAUUUAGAUGGGUUUUCCAGAGAUGCUAAGAUGCAUCCUACUCCAGCGUCGCACCCCAAGAAACCAGAUUGUCCCACAUCAUCUCAUUCUACCAAAACUGUCUCUCCAUCACCUGCCUUUCUUGAUGAAGAAGAAUUCAGUGACUUUAUGCAGGGGCCUGUUGAAGUUCCCGUAUGUGGGCCUUCUUCCACGGCCCAGCCCUUUCAGUCUUUCCAUCCCACCACCCCACUUGGCCAGUUGCUUACACAGAAGGCUGGGGCACAGCCUCUCCCUGCAGGUCAGAUUCCAGUGUCAUUUGCCUUACAUGGUGUCCCUGGGCAAAUUCCUUAUUCCUCCACUGCUUCAGCCUCACACAGUGUACAGAAAGCAGGCCUUUCUUUGGAGGAGAAGCUCCUAGUGUCUUGUGAUAUAAGUACAUCUGGGCAGGAGCAAAUUAAAUUAAACACUUCUGAAGUGGGGCACAAAGCCAUAGCCCCGGGUUCCAGUAAGAACCAUCCCAGUUUAACGGCCAGUAACGGGGGUGCUGUAGACGGAUGUUUAAGUGGUACCACCACUGCAGAGGCAGAAAAGUCUUCAGACCAAAACCUGUCAAUUGAAGAGAGUGGUGUGGGAGUGUUUCCCUCCCAGGACCCUGCUCAGCCCAGAAUGCCUCCUUGGAUUUAUAAUGAGAGCUUGGUUCCAGAUGCCUAUAAAAAAAUUCUGGAAACCACAAUGACUCCAACUGGAAUAGAUACUGCUAAACUUUAUCCUAUUUUGAUGUCAUCUGGACUUCCCAGGGAAACUCUGGGACAGAUAUGGGCCUUAGCUAAUCGAACAACACCUGGCAAACUUACUAAAGAAGAACUUUAUACAGUUCUCGCCAUGAUAGCAGUAACACAGAGGGGUGUACCUGCCAUGAGUCCUGACACUUUAAACCAGUUCCCAGCGGCUCCUAUUCCAACUUUAAGUGGUUUUCCUAUGACUUUGCCUACCCCAGUGAGUCAGCCAACUGUGAUACCAUCAGGCCCUGCAGGCUCCAUGCCCCUUGGCCUUGGACAGCCUGUCAUGGGCAUUAACCUUGUUGGACCAGUGGGUGGAGCUGCAGCCCAAGGUUCCAGUGGCUUCAUGACAACUUACCCUGCAAAUCAGGUGGGAAAGCCAGAAGACGAUGACUUCCAGGACUUUCAAGAUGCUUCUAAGUCCGGAUCUCUUGAUGACUCUUUCAGUGAUUUCCAAGAGUUACCUGCUGCUUCAAAAACAAAUAGUUCUCAGCAUGGAAACAGUGCUCCUCCUCUGUUGAUGCCACUCCCUGGAACUAAAGCAACAGCUUCAGUGGAUAAAUACGCUGUGUUUAAAGGAAUUGCAGCAGACAAAUGCUCUGAAAAUACUGUUCCAUUUGGAGAACCUGGUGAUAAAUACAGUGCUUUCAGAGAACUGGAACAGACAGCAGAAAGUAAAGCUUUAGGAGAAAGCUUUGCAGAAUUCAGAUCUUCAGGGGCUGAUGAUGGGUUCACCGAUUUUAAAACAGCCGACAGUGUGUCACCACUAGAGCCACCGACAAGAGACAAGGCUUUCCCAGCAGCCUUCCCCACGGGAGCUGUCCCGCAGAAGCAGCAAGCUCAAGUGAAAACCCCUCUGAACUUAGCAGACCUAGACAUGUUUUCCUCAGUUAAUUGCAGCAGCGAGAAUCCGUCGUCUUUUUCAGCUGCCUUUAGCGCAUCAAAAUCCGUUUCCGCACGACCACAGCCAGCAGGUUCUGCUGCAGCUACGACGGCGUUGGCAUCGACUAAAACUUCUAGCUUGGCUGAUGAUUUUGGAGAAUUCAACCUUUUUGGAGAAUAUUCUAGUCCAGCAUCUGUUGGCGAGCAGGAUGACUUUGCAGAUUUUAUGGCUUUCGGUAAUAGCUCAAUUUCAUCGGAGCAAAAGGCAGAGGACAAAUAUGAUGCCCUGAAAGAGGAAUCCAGUCCAGCUCCCCUAACCAGCAACUCAGGCAGCACCAUCAAGGGUGGGCAGAGCUCAGCUCCUGCGUCUACCAAGUACGAUGUCUUCAAACAGCUCUCUCUAGAAGGAUCCGGCCUGGGUGUGGAUGAACUGAAAGAGAACACUCCUUCAGGAAGGAGUGAUGAUGAUUUUGCUGACUUCCACUCCAGUAAAUUUUCUUCCAUGAACUCGGACAAAUCCCUCGGAGAGAAAGCAGUGGCUUUCAGACACACCAAAGAGGAUUCUGCGUCGGUGAAGUCCUUGGAUCUCCCGUCCAUUGGUGGCAGCAGUGUUGGCAAGGAGGACUCUGAAGAUGCGCUGUCUGUUCAGUUUGACAUGAAACUGGCUGAUGUAGGAGGAGAUCUUAAGCAUGUCAUGUCUGAUAGCUCUUUGGAUUUACCAACAGUUAGUGGCCAGCAUCCUCCUGCUGCAGAUGUAGAGGACUUAAGAUACGCUGCUUUUGGAAGCUACAGUAGCAAUUUUGCAGUGAGCACACUCACAAGCUGUGACUGGUCAGACAGGGAGGAUGCAUCUCAGGGCAGAAAAUUCUCUCCAUUUGUCCUCUCAGCAGGAAGUGGGUCCUCGUCAGCCCCCUGCGUCCUGCAAAAGAAAGAGACUUCCUUUGGCAGCUCGGAGAACAUCGCCAUGACGUCUCUCUCCAAAGCAGCCGCCUUUCCCAGCGAAGGUGCUCUUCCUGACACCACCUUCCCAGCUUUCGCCAGUUUCCAAGACGCGACUCCUCAGGCCAGUGAGCAAAAGGACUAUGAAAGCAGGGACUACAAAGAUUUCACAAGACAGGACCUGCCCAUGGCUGAACGGGGCCAAGAGCCCGCGUGUCUAAGCCCGGCUUCCAGCAGCGCCUCCUACGAAGCCCCCAAAGAAUGUUCAGACGAUUUUGGAGAGUUUCAAAGUGAAAAGCCCAAAAUCAGCAAAUUUGACUUUUUAGUAGCCACUUCACAAAGCAAAAUGAAAUCCAGCGAAGAAAUGAUCAAGAGUGAGCUGGCAACCUUCGACCUGUCUGUUCAAGGAUCACACAAGAGGAGUUUGAGCCUCGGCGACAAGGAAAUCAGCCGCUCCUCUCCGUCUCCGGCCCCAGAGCAGCCUUUCCGAGACCGCUCCAACACCCUGAGUGAGAAGCCGGCUCUGCCCGUCAUCAGGGACAAGUACAAGGACCUGACGGGCGAGGUGGAGGAAAAUGAGAGGUACGCGUACGAGUGGCAGCGAUGCCUGGGAAGUGCCCUGGACGUCAUUAAGAGGGCAAAUGAUACCUUAAAUGGAAUCAGUAGUAGUUCGGUUUGCACAGAAGUAAUUCAGUCGGCUCAAGGCAUGGAAUAUUUAUUAGGUGUGGUUGAAGUGUACAGGGUAACCAAGCGUGUGGAGCUGGGGAUCAAGGCCACGGCAGUGUGCAGCGAGAACCUCCAGCAGCUGCUGAAGGACAUUGACAGAGUGUGGAACAACCUCAUUGGCUUCAUGUCCCUCGCCACGCUCACGCCAGAUGAGAAUUCGCUGGAUUUUUCCUCCUGUAUGCUGCGGCCCGGGAUUAAAAACGCUCAGGAACUUGCUUGUGGGGUGUGCCUCUUAAACGUGGACUCCAGGAGCCGGAAAGAAGAGAAGCCUGCAGAAGAACAUCCUAAAAAAGCAUUCAACUCCGAAACAGACAGUUUCAAGCUGGCAUAUGGAGGACACCAGUAUCACGCCAGCUGUGCCAACUUCUGGAUCAACUGUGUUGAACCAAAACCUCCUGGCCUCAUCCUGCCUGACUUGCUUUGAAAGCCUCCUUUAUGAAGCACCAACUGUGUGUGUGUGUGUGUGUCACACCCUUGGGGUGCACAGGGACCAAUAAAAUGUGAGUCCUGCAGAGUUCAUCUCCAUGAAGCUAGCUGACUUCCUGGCGAGGUAAGGGCGAAAGCACUGUGGGGGCACCCCGUCCUUCCCCCAGAAAACCUGAUCCCCAGCCCCCACUGCCAGCCUUUGGGAUUGGCAUAAAGCUGCCCUACCCAAGCUGCACGUGGUGCUGGGAGCUUGCUCACUUAUCUCUUAAGGUGUUUUAAAACACGGACCACUAUUUAACUGAGGGGUAAUUUGCUGCUGCAGUAUUGGGACUGUGGAGUUACCACGUGAAGGCAAACACAUUAUUGUUAUGUGGGACUGGAAUUAGCAAGACCACGCCUCGCCUGGGCUUCAUCUCUAGAACAGCCAAUGUCCUAUGAAGCAGAGUGUGUGGACGUGCGCUCAGCUUGUUCACGUCUGGAUCCAUAAAAAGGGGAAACUGCGGCUAGACUGACGCUCUUGCUUGCAGCGCGUCGGCAGCCCCACAGUGGCAGGCCGGGGAGGGCACUGCUCCCACGCCUGCCACACAGCCGAACCCGUUCGCUCCUUCACUGCUGAAACCGUCAGCUCGCCGGAAGCCUCUUCCCCAAAGCAUGCCUGGGCUUUGGUGAGAGCAACUCUGCCUGCCCACCGCCUGAGCGAGCAGGAAUCUCCCUCCCUUUGGGGUCAUCCCUGGAGCCCCGUUUUGCCGCAGGCAGACUGUGAACAUGGUAGUUUGCAGGAGAGGGUGGAAAGGCCACGCGCGGAAGCCCCUUGUGGUGUCAGAGACCUGUAGGUGGUCCAGGCUGAAAGGAACGGUGAGCAGAGGACGAUGUGUGCGUGGCCUAGAGGCCGUGGAGGGAGACUGCUCAGAAGCGGCACCGGACUUGAGAGGGAAAGGGCUUAUGCUGUCUGGGGCAGAACCUGUCUUUGCUGUUGAAACCGAGUGCAUAAAGUCAGGGAACAAAAGCUAAGCGGUCAAGGGCUGUGUUGUUCCUAGGAAGAAGGAUCUAGAACACACAUUUCUCUGGGUCGUGCGCGAGGUGCUUUAUACAGAGACGUUGGAUCUUCCACGCUUCGCUGUGACGGAGGCCUGCCCCAGACUGUUGAUUUGUAGACUGAAGGUUGGCUUUGUCUGUGGAGCUGCUGCUUUCACAGAGUUUGUGGAUUUUUCGCAUCUCGGGACAAACGCUGAGGGAACUGUCCUGUCCCCACCUUAGACCUCUCACCUUCCCUCCAAGAAAGGCACAGAGCACUUACAGUAAGCAGCUGUGGAGGCUUCGGCCCCACCUUGCUGGGUCCGGGAGCUCGACUCAUUCACUGCAGGUGACGCCAUCUCCCCCCAGGAGUGGUGGCAACAGCUGUCUGAACCGUGGGCUUGGCGCCCAUGUGGCGUGAGUGCCACCCCAGGUAGCCAGUUCUCAGCAGACUGUCCCCGGGCCCACGCUGGCAGCACCAGUGUUUCUACAGGCUCCGUGUUGCACACUGUAGCCGUGGCAACGGGACCCACCUGUGUAAUUCCACAGCAUUCGUGUCAUCACAGUGUCCCAGGUGUGGCGCUGGGGGGGAGGGUGCAAUGGGAAAACUCGGCAGAUGACAACAAAAAGCCUUUGCUGUGCCAAGUCCCCAUGACCUUUCCUCUCUGAGUUCUUAGAAUGUCUCAUUAGCGACCACUGUAAGAACUGGGAAGUGCAAAAUGGCACUGUGCUGAUUUUCUGUAUACCGACAUGGCUUUCAGCUUCACCUCAGCUCUUCCCUCGUGAGCCCAGUGUCCUUGGAAACGGUAACCAAGGUUACUCCACACCCUGUGUGUGUCAGGCGGCUUCACCUCUGUGCUUGAAUGGCGAGUCACAGGCACUUUUCUUCUUUGGUAUUAUGCUUUGCCCUUAAAAUUUUUUAUGGGUUGAUAAGUAAUUUGAUUUUUGUCUGGACAUGCUUGAGAUAGAAGCACAGGUGUACUGGCAUAUGAUUCACGUCAGAUUUUUCCUGUGGCUGCUGGCUAGCCUUUCAUAUGGUUUUGCAUAUUUUAAAUUAUUGAAAUAUUUUGUUUGCGUAUACUUUUUUUUUGUAAAGUCUUAGUUAUUUAAAGAUAUCAUCUGCUUGCCUGUUUUCUAAGUGUGUUCUUAGCUGUGCGGAUUCUAGGGGCUGACAAGAGAAAGGUCUGCUUUGAAAUGCUUGCUGUGCUUUGGGGGACCACUGCGGAGAUUCCCCUUGACCCCUGCAGGUCAGCCUCCUUUGUGAGGAGCUGAUAACACUGGCAUUUCUGAGGAGGGAGCACUACAGCCUGCUGCAGGUCAUUCCAGCCACUGUCGGCACGCAGGGCGGCAUGUGUUGGGCCUGUGCUGCUUUCUGCACAGGUUAGUCUGUCUGUGGGGAAGUGUGUACUGAGCAACGAUUUCAGACAGCCCUCUCCGUGCAAACCUAGGGUGAGGAGAUCGAGCUCACUUAAGCAGAGAGCUCUCGGGCGUGAAAAAUGCCACUUUACAAGUUACUUUUUUAAGAACCUCUCAUUUUGAAAAUUUUUGACUUACUUCCAUUACUUGUAUGCUGAUGUGAAUAUAGUGUACACGUAUUCCUGUGUGACAGCUGUUUUGUAACUGUGGCUGUAUUAACCAGUGUGUGCUGUGGGCCACAGUGAAAUGGGUUGCCCUGUGUGUGAUGUGGAACUUGGUCCUGUGUUUUAAGAUGCUGUAGCUUUUGUCCGUCGUUUGCAUUUUAGUAAAUAGCUCUACUUUACAUGUGUAGACAUUAUAAAGCUUGACCUCUAUGAUAUUUUCGGGGUCUUUUCUGCAAUAACCACUUACUGAAUUCUACUAGCAGUAAAACAAGUGUAGAUAGAAGAAUGUCAUGCUUCUAGACUUUCUCUUUUCUUAGUUAAGAGUUCAGAUAGAUGCAAGUCACUAAGAGGAACAGGGGCCAACGCACUCGGAGAUUAGCAAGGUGUAAGGCUUCCCAAAUGCUAAGAACACCCAGUGCCGGGAUUUCUACAGGAAAUUCUGUAAUAAUCAAGAACACCCGUCACCAGGUGUCUUCUCAUGUAGUACAGUGAUUAUCCUCGGGUUGUCACUCAGAGACUACCAGAUGUAAACAGCUGGCUUCAUACUAACGAAGUCAGUCUCUGGAUUGUUUUGCACAUGUGCUGAUGUUGCGUUUGUUGGUUCUUCUGAUUUCCCAUGGACACUGUUAACAAUUUCUUUUCAUUUUUCCUACUUAGACAAUAAUGAUGCAUGCUUUUAAAAGUAGGCAAAUGGUAUAAAGCAAGAAAAGGUCCAGAUGGAAAACCAUUGCUGUGGAUCAGGUAAAAUCUGGAAGACACAACUUAAGUAUGGAGCUACUGGUGUAUUCAUGGCUUCCUGCCAAACAGACCAGAAAGCUAGAAAGCGAUUCUGUGAGUAAGCAGUCUAUAGCCAUGGAACUGCUAUUACCAACUGUAUGGACAGACUUCCAAAUGGCUCUCUUACCCAGAAACAAACUUGCCGUGGUUUCCUAGGAGCGUGGAGUAGAGAAGCGGGUCACUCAAUGUCUGCCCCACCCUGGUGGGCCAGGCUGCCAAGUUGAAUGGGCAGGGAACUGGGUGUCGUCCCACCACUGACCAGCCACUGUUGUUAUCUGCUUAUCACUUACAGUGAAGUGUGGUGUAGGGCACUUGGGGGUGUGUACGUGGUCCAGCAGGGGCACCCCGGUGUUAAAAACAGAUUUGUGUGACGGGAGGACUCACUGCUUCAGUGCACUCCACUUACCGAGAGGAAACGGAAGGCAGGGUGUUUGUUCAGGGGUAUACUCUGUACUAACAUCAGCAAGAAUGUGAAAUGUUGACAGGUGCAGCUGUGG